UCAUAAUACGUGUUUAUAUUUUCCUUAACAUCCAUUGCAAAUAUAAUCCAAUCUUUAUACAUGACAGUCAAACGUAUUAGACACGAAAGAAGUUUUAACUUUCUGGCAUUUGGUCAUCUCUGAACGAAAGAUAUUUUUAGCAGCGAGCUUGCGAAGAGUGUUGCGUGUUCAUUGGCGUGAGGUGUUGGUAAACUAUAAUUUGUUUGGUAACUAUUCGCAUGGCAUCAGUAGAGAAAGUCAGAAUCAUAGUAGUAGGUGACUCGGGAGUAGGAAAAUCUUCAUUGGUGCACCUAAUUUGCCAUAACCAACCAAUCUCUAACCCAUCAUGGACUGUCGGUUGUUCUGUGGAAGUCAAGCUGCAUGAAUAUAAGGAAGGAACACAACACCAGAAGACGUACUUCAUUGAAUUUUGGGACAUUGGAGGAAGCAGCAGUCACAGAAAUACUCGAUCAGUCUUUUAUAGCCCAACGCACGGUAUUAUUCUGGUACAUGACCUCACAAAUCGUAAAUCUCAAUUAAAUCUUCACAAGUGGUUGGCUGAAGUUGUAAACCGUGAAGGAAAUUGUAAAAAUCGUCACGGAAAUUUUGAUGAUUUUGAUCCUGAACAGUUUGUUGGAGCAACACAGGUUCCUAUAUUAGUUAUUGGAACGAAGCUGGAUCUGGCAGAGAAAGUUAGGUCUCAUGCACACCGACGAUCAUCAACAAUAGCUGAAGAAUGUGGAGCUGAUGAAAUUUUUUUGGACUGCCUUCAAACAAGAUCUCUCGCAGCUGGUUCCAGCUCAGCUGUGAAACUAAGUCGUUUCUUUGACAAAGUAAUAGAACGGCGGUACCAUACUCAACGUGAAUUUCCUGACCUCCGCAGGCCUGUUUUGCCAACAUCAUUGAGCUCAAAAUACUACAUUUCAGAUUAAGAAGAUUUUAACAAUUAAUCAUGCUGGUUUUCUGCCCAACUUGUGGGAACAUACUUGGAGUGGAAGAAGGGAUUUCAUAUUGCAUGCGUAUGGCAUGCAGUACUUGCCCAUAUGUAUACACGAUAACAAAGAGAACCUCUUCUCGCACCUAUCCUAGACUCAAGGAGGUUGAUGAUGUGCUUGGAGGUGCUGCAGCAUGGGAAAAUGUUGACUCAACAGAAGAGCGGUGUCCGAGAUGUGCACAUCCUCGUGCUUAUUUUAUGCAGAUACAGACACGAUCUGCAGAUGAGCCUAUGACAACGUUUUAUAAAUGCUGCAAUCAUCAGUGUGGUCACCGAUGGCGAGAGUAGUUGUUUGAGGGAAACAACUGUUUAGACUGUGUCUUUGAGUAGUACAAAGAUUUUUUAAUGGGUGUGAGAUGUUUAGUGUGUGUUUUACAUGAAUAUUUUAAUGCUUACGUCUGAAUGAGGAUGUUCAAACUGAAAUAUUUCUGGAAUGGAUGCAGAAACGUAAUAGCAUUUUAACAACAUUUUAUGUGAAUGCAAAUAUAUUCUAAGGAUUUGACUGGCGUUUCCUAUUAGUUUUCUACUGACUGUAAUGGUUUUAAAAUAUUGUAGAGUCCCUGUUGAGAGUCUACAGCCUCUGUGUACCUGAAUAGGCUGCUGUUGCUAACUUGUUUGCUCUUGUGAAAUGUGUUUGUUUUUUUCCCAAACAAGAGCAACAAUAUUAUUGAGAGUACUUUUAACGUAUCUUUUGUAUGACCUAUGGGUAAUUACUAGGAUUUCAUCUUGUAUUUGAUGUUUUUAAUCAGUGAAUAGCAUCAUUCUGGACUUAAUGUUGCAAGACAAAGUCUCAUUUAGUAAAGAGUUUAGUUGAGCUUUUAUGUUCAUUUUUUAACUAUUUGAUUGCCAUUUUGUUCACUUGCCUCAGUCUUUGGAGUCAAGUAUCAAGAUCAUAUAGUUAUAGCGGUACGCCGAUUGAGCCAUAAUUUUACCAUCAAUUUCUCUCUCAGUGACGAUCAUACACUAUAGGUUUGUUUGUGUAUUUACGAUGAAACUAAAUUGUUUUUAUAUAUAAAGUUGUUUAUGUUGAUGUCAAUUUAAAUUGUUGUCAUUUGUAGUUUGUUAUUACACAAUAAAAUAAUGUAUAUGUGCUCAUAA